CAUAUAACAAGUCUCCAGUACAUACAAGCUGACUAUCGCUAUCAGUAACAUUGUAUCCCCCUUGCGUUCAAAUUUGCGCGAUCAUUUAGAGGCGUAGACCGCCUUCGGACGCCUCCACUGCACUAGUGCAAGCCGGAAUUACAUUUCUCUUGCACUAAAAACAUGUACCAGCCCGGCCCGGGCGCCCCGGGCGGGCACGGCGACGGGCAACACCCCCACGCCGGCCAGCAGUUCUACAGCCAGCCCGCAGGCGGUCACCCAAUGCCCGGCCAGCACAUGGCACCACAGGCGCCUCGCAGCGGGCAGCUACCGGGGCCACAUACGUACGCAAUGCCCCCAGGCCCGCCCCCGCCGGGUCCGCCGCCUCCCGGGCCCGCUCCUCCGGGACCAGCGCCCCCGGGCCCAAUGCCCUUCAUACCUGGCGUGCCCGGCGCGCCACAACCGCACACGGCUUACAUGCCGCAGCAGCAGCACCCGCAGCAGCCCCACCAGGUACCGCCGCAGUCGUACGCGCCGCAGCAGGGAUACAACCCUGCCUACGCGCAGCAGCACCAACAGCCCUACAUGCCGCAGCAGCCGGCUCCGGGCCCUGACCCCUCUGCUGGCGCGGCGCCUGCAUUCGGCAUGCCGUUGAAUCCUCUUGGGUUGAUGGCGGCAGGGAACCUGUUCAGCGGCGGUCAGAACUGGGGCGCGCAGCAGUUUGAGCGCAUGCAGCAGCGCGUGGGCGCCUUCACCGGCGGUGCGCUGCAUUUCCACUUCGCCAUCAGCCAGCAGUACGUGCUGUCCAAGCUGCUCAUGCUCAUGGCGCCUUACCUGAAGCGCUGGACCUACACGCGGACGCCGGAGCAGAUGCAGGGCGGCCCCGCCUUCAAGCCGCCCAAGGUGGACGUGAACAGCCCCGACCUGUACGUGCCGUUGUCGGCGCUGUGGACCUACUCGCUGCUGGUGGCGCUGUGCCAGGCCGGCCACGGCAAGUUCAAGCCCGACAACAUGUAUCCGCUGGUGUGGUCCGGCGCCAUGGCCUGGCUGGUGCACCUGCUGGUGGCCAAGGCCGUCCUGCGCGCCAUGGCGCUGCCCGCCUCCGUGCCCUGGGUGGAGCUGGCGGCCUACACCGGCUACACCUUCGUGCCCGUGUGCGUCGCCAUCCUGGCGGGCCAGGCGGCGGGCCGCUGGGCCUACCUGGCGGCGUGGGGCUACGGCAGCCUGUGCUCCGCCAUCUUCCUGGUGCGCACCAUGAAGCGCGUCAUCUUCCAGGAGACGCGCGGCUACGGCCCCGGCCGCGACAUGACGCUGGUCAACUACUUGCUGCUGGGCUUGGCGUUGUUCCAGUUCCCCUUCGCCUUCUACCUGGGAGUGAGGCCGUGACAGGCCUGCGGACACUGCGGCGGCGUGGGCGGUGUGUGAGUCAAGGUGAGGUUGUGGAGGCGGAAACUGGAGUGCCGGUGGAGUGUGGUUGGUGGGUUGAGGGUGGAGGAGGUGAAGGUGGAGGUGGAGAGUUCAGAAGGGGGGGGGUCGCAGCUGCUGGGGGGAUGUGGAAUUGCGAGUGACGCACGUAAGUGCGGGAGGUGCCGAUGGCGCCGCGGAUGGAUGGUCCUCAGGCCGCACAGGUCGCAGAACAUUGCAUUCUCAGACUCUUGCAUUCUCGUGUGAUGUUUAUGGUGUGCGGCCCUUGGACGUUUAAGCUUUCUUUGUAACCCUUCGCGUAG